AUGUCGGACGAGAAAAAAGUUAACAAGUUGAGGAAUAAGGUCCAACGAUACAUUUCAUUGAUUGAAACUUCAGAUCAGGUAUGUUGUUAUUGCUUAGUUUGGUUUUAGGGAUAAAUGGAAGGGAAUUUGACUUUAAAUGCAUGAUUGUGUUGUAUAGAUACAAUAUAAGUUCUCAAACACGAAAUUUUUAAUUUUAAAGAAAAACAUUAAAGCAAACUUACUAUAACAUCUAUUUUCAGUCCCAAAUCGAGCACGCUAUCGACAGAUUGGAGAAAUUGGACAUGACGGUCGAUUGUCUUCAAACUACAGGCGUUGGGCGUGUACUGAAUCAGCUGCGGGAGAACCCCGAAUUCGGGGAAAGAGCAGGUAUUCUAGUAGACAGAUGGCGGGCGAUGGCGUCGGAAGCGGCCCGUUUACUCAGACGGCUCAGCCCGAGUGUUCUGGAAUCGGAAGAGAAGAAAAAGAAGGAGAAGAAGGCCAAAAGAGCAAUAGAUCCGUUCGAAGCUCAAUUAAUGGCUGCUGAUCUGGAUAUUGAGGUAGGUUGGGUUUGUUGUCUUUGAUUUUUUUGGUCGGUUCUAGUCGAUUUUUGAAAUUUAUUUUUUAUGUGAUUGUUUUAGCCAAAGAAGAAGCCAAAAUUGUCUCAAAAGUCGUCCAAAAUUUCGGCUCCAGACGCUGAUGAUAUUGUGAAUGCUGUCGUUCACACAACAGAAGUGUAUAAACAAGCUCCAUCUUUGGCUAUUAGGCCUGGAACGAGCAGAGCUGAGGUUGAGGCGGCUCUGGAUGAGCCUUUGAGUAAGAUUUUCAACUUGUAUUUCGAUGUUUAGGUAACACUUUGGAGAAAAGUGACGAGAACUUGUCAAAACUUAUAAAAUAUGGACUUCAUUUUGAAUUUUCGAUAUUAUUCUGUAUAAAAAGCUUUGAUGAAUUGAUAUUUUUUGAAAUUUAGGUAACAAAAACACUAAAAAAUCUAUUUUCAGCCGAUUCCAUGUUCGAUCCGUCCGUCUUCAAGCGAAAAGUCCGUGCCAAAGUCUAUGCAGGACGUCGAAAAGUUGUUUAUAACACCACUGUUCCAACAUUGGUGGCAGCAUGUCAAAGCUAUUUGGUUGACAACUUGGAUGUGAUCGAGGAAUUGGGCGAUGUGCCUUAUAGACUACUGAAACCAGUAUUAGAGAAAUGUUCUACCGACCAGUUGGAUCGAAUCUCGGCUAGAAACCCUCAAUUAUGGGACGAUUUGGACGAGUUGUGGGAAGGAAUCGUGCAAAAAGUGUUCAGAAAUGACGCCAAGAGGGGGAAGAAGGAGAGUUGGUAUGAGUGUUACAAGGUGAGAAGGUUAUGAAGGGUUUAGGAAGGUCAAAAUUAUAAGCUUAUAUUGUUAUUAUAGGUUUUAUGUGCUUUACAAAGGUUGAUUUUUAUCAAUUUUGAGGAUUCUAAUUUUAAUUUCAGAGACUAAACCGAGAACGUGAAGACCGUCUCCAUCGAAUCUCCGCCGGCAUUAGACAAAAGCACAAUAAUCAAGCUCAAAAGUCCGAGAUGAGGACCACCUUAGUCGAUGUUAUCAAUCCUGCAUUCGCCAGGAAACGUCAAAUCAGAUCAGGAAUAGCACCAGCCAAUGCUGUAGGCAUCCCAGAUGCCCUCCAAGUAUCAAAAGCAAGAAGGCAGGUGUUUUCCGGAAACAAAGGUGCAGUAAAUGCUCUACCAUCAGCUGUGAAAGGCUCAAGAGCUGCGGUUUCUUCGUCAUCAGGCAGUCGAACUCAGAAAACCCAGCCCCGCGGGGCUUUAAUGCAGAAAACGUUGAAAAUGCUGAAGGGGAGGAGAUGA